UCGACAGCAGCGGUCGACUGUGUCAAAUCUUCACCGUGACUCUUUUAAUUUAAAGCUAUUUUCAUAUUUUUUGUCUAAUCAUAAUGGAGAUUCCAGUGUAUACGCUUGAUGCCUUUACUAAUUUACCGUUCAAGGGAAACCCCGCGGCAAUUUGUCCACUUAUGCAUGAACUGAGAGAUGAUUUGUAUCAGAGGAUAGCAGCAGAGAUGAACCUGUCAGAAACAGCUUUCAUCACCAGGAUCAACCCCUCUGAUAAUUUUACCACAGGAUCAAGGUUCCGACUUCGAUGGUUCACACCAACCACUGAAGUGAAUCUGUGUGGUCAUGCCACUCUGGCCUCUGCAGCGGUGCUGUUCAAGCAUAAGAAGAAUGUGAAUCCGAAACUGGUGUUUGAGACCAGGAGUGGAGAUCUGGCUGUCACCCAGCAGGGGGAAGGGUACGUCAUGGACUUUCCUCUCAACCCACCCACCCAGGAGGAUGCCAACGAGUUCAGAGAUCUCAUCAAGGUUGCAGUUGGAAACCACCCAAUCCAGGAUGUUUAUCUUAGCGCCAACACUAAAAAGCUGAUGGUUCGACUGGCUGACAGCUGUGACAGGUCGGUGCUAACCAGUCUGAAAGUUGACCCUGUUGCUCUCCAGAGCUGUGAAACAAGUGGAAGAGUCAAAGGACUAAUCCUCACCAUGAAAGGAUCCCCGGACAACCAGCCAGGGUACGACUUCUACUCCAGAUACUUUGCUCCAUGGAAUGGCAUCCCUGAGGAUCCUGUCACAGGUUCUGCCCACACCGUGCUGGGUAGCUACUGGUCUAAGAAGCUGGGAAAGAAUAAAAUGCUGGCUUACCAGUGCUCCAGUCGAGGCGGGGAGCUGGAACUAGAAGUGAGAGAUGACGGAAGAAUCAAUAUAUCUGGACAGACCGUCACUGUGCUGCAGGGAACAAUCACACUAUAGCCACAGCCACAUGCACGCUAGGAGGGUUGGGGAUGAUGGGACAGUCAUUAUGUACCCACAAACAGGCGUUGUACCAUAUGAUUUAAAUAAAAAUUUAAUAAAAAUGAGUCAAUUUAAACAAAGCGUUAUUGUCCAGACUGGUCAAUCUAAUAAUGAAACAUGACUAAGCAUGACAACACACAACAGGAUGUAAAAAUACACCUCACACUUUGAUAGUAUUUGUAUUUAUUCUCAUAACGCAAAAGCAAAAAUCUCAGUAUUAACAAAAUACACACACAAAAACACAAAAAGACCACACAAAAGACAAAUAUUCUAAAUAGUAGUUUUAACCUGGAGCUGAGGGUCUGGAUGAAUGAACAACUUCAACAAAAU